AUGAGUUUUGUUAGCUUCUUGAUUAUACUCAUCCUCCUCUUCCCCACACUUACAGAUGCAGAUUGCAACCCUGAUGAGAAAGAGUCCCUCUUGUCCUUCGCAACCAACUUUCCCAACCUUAACUGGUCUUCUACCGAAGAUUGCUGCUCAUGGGCUGGAAUCUCUUGUGAUGACAAAAGAUAUCGAGUCAUCCGGUUAUCCAUCCCUGAUAGAGACCUUCGCGGUGUCAUCCCUUCUUCUCUUCAAAAUCUCACUUCUCUCUCUUUCCUCAACCUAUCUUGUAAUUUCCUUUCUGGUCCCAUCCCUGACGGACUUUUCUCGUCUUUCAACAACCUGCACACCAUUGACUUGAGCUAUAAUAUGCUUUCUGGACACUUACCUCACACCUGGCCUGCUACCCUUCAAGUGCUCAAUCUCUCCAGCAAUCAUUUCGAUGGGACAAUUCAAACUACCAAUCUCCAUUCGUUUCAAAGCAUGAUCACUCUUAAUAUUAGCAAUAACAGCUUCACAGGCACUAUUCCUCCUAUAUGCACCAAUUCACCGGCUUUAGUCAAGCUUGAUUUCUCUAUGAACCACUUCACUGGAAAUAUCCCCCAAGGGUUCGGUGCCUGUUCAAAUCUUGUGGUUUUGAGCCUGGGUUUUAACAGACUCACAGGACAGAUCCCAACUGAUAUCAGUUGCGCUCUAUCUCUGCAACAUUUGUUAUUACAGAGAAAUUAUCUUAUGGGCAAGAUUGAUGAAAGCAUUACAAACCUCACAAACCUCAGGAGUCUUGUCUUGUUUGAUAACAUGUUGUCCGGUUCCAUCCCUCAUAAUAUAGGGGAGCUAUCAUUGUUGGAGAAACUCGAACUUCACACUAAUCUACUCAAUGGAAUGCUACCUUUGUCAUUGGUGAAUUGCACGAAGCUUCAACUGCUUAUCUUGCGGUUCAACUCUUUAGGUGGCAGGCUUUCCGAUUUUGAUUUCUCCGGUUUCAGUCAACUCACCAAAGUUGACCUCAGCAGAAAUCAAUUCAGCGGGGUGCUACCUAAAAGCCUUUUCUCUUGCAAAUCACUUAGUGCCAUUCAGCUAUCAAGAAAUAAACUAGAGGGGGAAAUCUCACCUGACAUACUUGUUAAUGCACUUUUGAGGUUUGAAGGUGAAAAAGAUUCUGGGUUUGAUCUUUGGAAACCUUGUCCGUGGUUUACACUUUGUGUUUGUGUCUCCGGGGUAUUGUUGAACCAGUGUGUAGUCACAUUGGGGAGAUUGUCCGGAGAUUGGUUCUUCUGA